AAAGGCUCAUACGUGCUGCGGGAGCGUGUGGGGCGGCUGGCUAGUGCAUCAGCGGCACAUUCAAAGGGACGACCGUUGCAGCGUGGAAGCGAAGUCUCGAAGAAACGUCUGAGCUCCCGAAGACAUGGCCACUUUCGGACGUUCUUCAAGAUGGACUCGGCUCGAGAAUUUGGCUGCUGCAAAGAAGCCACUCCAAGGGAGCCAAAAGCCAGCCGCUGCUGGUCAGAAGCUCGGCACUGUGGUGCAAAAACCGGCAAACCAGUUACCACAGAGACCACCGCUGCGACAGCCAAACAGGAUCGCAGCACCAAAGCAGGCCGUGGCCGGCAAGGAGAUUUCUCUACUGUCCCAGAGCCUGAAGAAGGCUUCCAUCAACGAGGAGGAGGAGCCAGUUGUAAAUGCCCAGGCAUUCUCUGCCUCUCUCCUGCCACCCGGGGUGCCAGACAUCGAUGCAGCCGACCUCAACGAGCCACAGAUGUGUGCCCAGUAUGCACAGGACAUUUUCGACUACAUGGCAUCCCUUGAGACAAAGUGGCCCAUGACUCCCAAGUUCCUGCGCCUGCAGUCUUCGGUGACACCAGAGAUGAGGGCCAUCCUCGUCAACUGGAUGAUGAUGGUGCACCAGCGGUUCCAGCUGCUCCAGGAGACUCUGUUCUUGGCAGUCUCGAUCACUGACAGAUAUCUGCAGGUCCAAAAUGUGAGCAGGUCCAAGCUUCAACUGCUGGGUGUGUCGGCCAUUUUUGUGGCCAGCAAGUUUGAAGAGAUGAUGCCACCCUUGCUCAGCGACAUGGUGUACGUCACUGACGGUGCCUAUCAGGCCAAAGAAGUGCUUCGAAUGGAGCAGCUGAUCUUGCGCACACUCGACUGGUCUCUGGGGCGCCCCCUUCCUGUGCACUUCUUGCGACGAAACUCCAAGGCAGCACGGGCAGAUGUGGUGGAGCACAACGUGGCAAAGUUGGCGCUGGAGCUGUGCCUCCUCGACUACCCCAUGUCCUGGGUGCGGCCUUCUGAGCUGGCUGCUGCUGCCCUCUACCUCUCCCUGAACUUGUUUCGCAAGGAGGACCAGAAGAGGUGGGACGACAUGAUGACACACUAUGGCCGCUACACCGAAGAGGCCCUCAAGCCCACAGUCCAGCGCAUGGCUGGACUACUUCUUGAUGCACCUAAGAGCACUCACAAGGCUCCGUACGAAAAGUACAAGCACAGCCGACUGGAGCGCGUCAGCACAGUGACGGUGUCCCACGCAGCCCAGCUCCGCGAGAUGGCCGGCAGGCCCUGAAGAAAUAAGUGGGCAAUUUUAUGGAUGACAAGGCUUUCAGCGAACUUUUUUUUGUGUGUGUGUGUGUGUGUGUGUGUGUGUUGCUGCUGCUGAAACACUCGCUUUCAUCCUGUCAACACCAGCUUCUACUAUCGCAGCAGCUUCUUUUUUUUUCUUUUUUUUUUUUUUGACACUGGUGGGACGGAAAUCUUGACAUUGCAGUCUGCCGUUUUACCAACAUUUUUGCGUGGCCGGCUGCAGGUGCCGCGAGAUGGUAUUGCCUGCCAUUAAAUGUGUGCCCAAUGUGAAGCUUUAGUCAUUGUAUAGAACAGAGCUUUUGCAAGUUCGGAGCAAGGAAUGUUGCAACUGCGCUCUUCUAGCUCACUUGACCAUGUUUGUAAGUCCUCUGAAAACAGAAUGGUUUUAAAGUUUAACCAUUGACAUUGCAAAUAAAGUUAUGCAACGAGCUUUUGGGCC